AAAAGCAUGUGACUACAAACCGUUAUAAGAGCCGUAAUUUGGCUGUUGCAGGGACAUUGCUUCCCUUUGUCUUCUUGUUCUUUGAUUGCUGACUAAGCCGCAAACCACCUGGGGCAAUGACUGUUCUACUGGCUGCCUUACUCUUGGGGCUGGCUCUCCUAUCCUUCUGGAGGAUGGCAAAAGGGAAACUGGAGCCCAAGGCAAACUACCCCAGAUGCCUGCCAUCCCUGCCAGUCAUCGGAAGCCUCUUUUAUUUUAUUGGACAUACCCAGUACCAUCUCUUUUUCCACAGAUUGCAGCAGAAGUAUGGCAGCCUCUACUCCUUGUACAUGGGUUCCAGUUAUGUAGUAGUGGUCCACGACUAUACCCAUGCCAAAGAGGUGCUGCUUAAGAAAGGGAAGAUCUUUGGUGGCAGACCUCAAAAGGUAAGCAAACUACAAGUGUCUUCCUUAUUUCUAAGCCAUGAAAUCUGGUGGGUAGAGUGGAAGAGGUGAUGAAACAACAGAGUACAGUCAUACCUCGGAUUACAGACGCUUCAGGUUGCGUUUUUUUGGGUUGUAGACCGCCAAAACCCGGAAGUACCGGAACGGGUAACUUCCGGGUUUCAAUGGUUGUGCAUGCACAAAAGUGCUAAAUUGCACUUUGCACAUGCGCAGAAGCCCCGAAUUGCAACCCGCAUGUGCGCAGACACACCGCUGCAGGUUGCAAAUGCUGCGGGUUGUGAAUGUGCAUUCUGCACGGAUCACAUUCGCAACCCGAGCGUCCACUGUAUCUUCUUUUAAGUUCGUAACCAGAGGUACCACUGUAUAUUGUUAAGUUAUGACCUGAUGUCUGCAGCAGAAAACAGGGAGGUUUUAACAUGAAAAGGGACAUACAGGUGAAGAGCACUGAAUCCUCUAACCUCUCCUUUGUGUUCAGUCAUCCCAGAAACAUUAUCCCAAGCCCAGAACAGGGUACUAGGAUUGAGCUAGGCUAGAAGAUAUGUACCUGAAAUUUACAUGAGUGAUUGUGCAUGGGAAAUGAGGUGAGCAGUCAUGGCUUGCUCUAUCACAUUGCAUUUUGCCCUCAGCGAAAACUGUUGUAAUUUUAUGAACACUUCAUCUUCAUGCAUUUGCUCUUCAGAGCAUGAUACAAGUGGGCUUCUGUGCUCCUUGAACGAAAGCAUCACCCAUUUUGUUCCUAAGGAAGAGUUACUACUUGGGUUGCUGAGUUAACUGCAGGUUAUAAAUUUCUGGAACUGGUUUAUUGAAUAAGAUUAUUGAUACCUGUAGUACAGUAUUCUCUACUCUGAUUUGCAGCAGCCCUCAAGGGCUUUGGCAGAUUUCUUGCCAGUACCUAAGAUCCUUCUAAUAGAGCUGUCAAGGACUGAAACUGGCACCUUCUGCAUAAAAAGCAUGUGUUUCACCACUGAGCUGUUGCCUUGCCACUCCUAUGAACCUGUCUUUGUAACCCAAUACAAAGAGAGAGAAAAAUCUGGAGAGCAGCAGCAUGGCCAGGAAGAGGCAGAUUCUGAUAGGCAGUUUUCUUCAGAGGAGUUAAGUUUCUGAUUGAUUAUAACCCUUUCCUGUCCUAUACUUUUCUGAACUUUCAAGAAGAAGAGGUGAAGAGGCAAGUGCUUUCAUGCAUUUUAGAUUAUACUUAUUUUUCAUUGAAACAUUAGCCAUAGCAUGACUAAGUGCUUAUGAUCUAUAUGCAUUAUAGACAUUACACAGUAAAUAUUCAUUCAGUUUAAAAUAAAUAGAUGUGGAUCAUGAGCUAUGUGGUUCCUUUAGUAUAAUAAAUUAAUGUUUGCUGAGUUCUAGGUAGUACAGUGGAUUUGUUCCGGAGGUACAUUCUUAACCUGAAACUGUUCUUAACCUGAAGCACCACUUUAGCUAAUGGGGCCUCCUGCUGCCACUGUGCCGCCGGAACACGAUUUCUGUUCUCAUCUUGAAGCAAAGUUCUUAACCCGAGGUACUAAGCGUAUGUAACCUGAAGUGUAUGUAACCCGAGGUACCACUGUACUUCCACCUUUCUUUACUCAAAUAUACUUUGUGGCCUUAAGAGAAAGUGGCAUGUUCACAUAUUUUGUUUUCCUACCUUUCUGAUGUCAAGGAAUCAUUUAGGUUCUUCUCCUAGGAUGUUGACUUUGAGGAGGGAUGUAUAUAUAUACAAAAUCCAACAGCAAAACUACUUGACUAUGCCAUAAAACAAGGCUGAUUGUAAGAUCUGCAGCGCUGGAAUGGUUCCAGAGGUGCUUUAGGAAUUAUUGGUCUUGGCCUCUGAGUAAUAUGCAACAUUUAAUAACCUUUCAAAGAAUUUCCCAGUUUUAUGACCCAGAUAAAUUCCUGCACCUUCUGCUUUGCUUAAAAAAAAAAAAGUGCAGCGUAACGAAAAUAAAGAAAACAAAGAAUCAGAAAUGUAAACCAGAAAGUGUUUGAUUCUUCAUUUUCUUGUUAAGGUAGCAUUUUUUAACAAUUCAAUAAAAUAAUUUUAAUAAAUAAAUGAAUUGCUGCACCUCUUAAAUUACACCCUCAUACCUCUUCAGAAUGAAUGCAGGUUCCCUAAUAUACAGAUGAAAAGGCACUAAUGUUGCAGUAUUAUGUCUACAGUGGUACCUUGGUUUAAGAACAGCCCUGUUUACAAACUAUUCAGUAUAAGAGCUCCACAAAACCGGAAGUAGUGUUCUGGUUUACGAACUUUACCUCGGUGUACGAACAGAAGCCAAAUGGUGGAAGGGCACUGGCGGCGGGGGCCUCAUUAGGGAAAGUGCGCCUCGGUUUAAGAAUGGUUUUGGUUCCAGAACGGACUUCUGGAACGGAUUAAGUUCGUAGACCAAGGUACCACUGUAUUCAGAAGUAAGUUCUAUUACAUUCACUAGAGCUUACUUACAGCCAAGUGUAGGACUGCAGCCAAAAUCUGUUUUAAUUCCAGGAUCAAGGAACAUCAUCUCUUCUGUAAAAAGAGAACACUUCUGGGAGAAAAUAGGCUUUUGACAUACAAAACUGGUUUGCAUAUUUUUGCCCAUUUUAAGCCAUAAUAAUUAGGGAAUAACAAACCUGUAUCAGUGAUAUUGUGAAUAACUUUUCGGUCUGAAGUGGCUUUAAAAAGUAAAUUUUAAUCAAAUGCAGAAGAAUGAAUCUGAUGAAAAUAGUUGUUUGUGUUUUUCCUCCUUCCAAGUAAAAUAAAACUACAAUGCUGUUAAGUUUUCUUCUUCGUUGAUUCAAGGUGACAACAGACUUGCUGACUCGAAAUGGGAAAGACAUCGCAUUUGCCAAUUACAGCCCAGUCUGGAAAGUUCAGCGCAAGCUGGCACAUUCUGCACUCUCCAUGUUUGGAAAGGGUUCUCUGGCCCUGGAGAAAAUCAGUAAGUAAUCAAAGGAAAUGUUGGGAUUGCUGUAAGAGAAUUCCAAGAAGGGAGCUGAGGAGAGAAGAUCCUAGUGAUGAAUCUUGUGGCCAAAACAUUAGGGUAAUUUGCUCCUCUUUGGCUGAAUAACACUUUAAGCAUUUGUUUUCAGAGCAGUGUUCAUUCUCCUCCAGCCAGAGUGCAUAUAUACACAUCACCAGAAUUUAGGCACACACCACAAACCCCAGGUUGAGCUUAGGGAGGAAUCUGUUUUUCCAGGUUGCAGCUGAAACUGCAUGUAUGCCAUCACUCACUGAUCAGCUGGUGCUCGCAUCACUCUUGAAACCACCUCCUUACCUGCCUUCUCAGAACCGAUAUUGAAAUAGAAAAAUGAUAGUUAUGUGCAAAAAUGUUUUUUAAAAGGAGUUUCAAACAAUUUUUUAAGCAGAUAAAUUCAAGUACCUGAAAAAUAAAGCAAUGUGAAAGUCCACCACAGAGCAACCAAAUUAAAUUAUAUGUGUGUCCAUUCAGGAGUGCAGGUGCAGGGGAAAAAGAACUAGAGGAAGUGUGCACCCAUUCCUAGUUCUAUACUUCUAUACUUGCUCUGAAUGUUAAGUCCGUUUCCAACCAUUGGUACACUGUUUGGGUGCAGUUGUGUUUGGCUGCCUAAACCUUUCAAAGACAGAAUUCCAUCUUAUAGCCACAUGCUGGUUUAUGCUGGAGCAACCGUGCUCUUUUGGGGAGGGAGCAUUAUCUUUCUAGAACUACACUUUGAAUAAUUUCAGGCAUGCAUUAGGCACCUGCAACUUUAGGAGUAGCAAUCAGAUUUCCUUACAAAUAUUUUCUUUGUACAGUAUUAUAUAUUCUUCUCAUCACACAGACUACUGGGGUUCAGGUGAAUCAUGGAUUUGUAGUGUAAUGGUUUUUAAAAACAAAAACAAAACUGUAUUAUAUAAUGUGAAAAGGUCUAACAGAAUACAAAUAAUCUCAAAGAGCAACACAAAAUAAAUAUAUAAAGCAGGAUGUCCCAGUUGAAUAACUAUAGGAAACACAUGAUUACUGGGACAAAGAAAAUUAGAUAUAAUGUACUGGAACAUAUCCCAUCUAGGCAUGUCCCCCUAAUAUAUUGCAGCCAAUCUUUGGGGUCAAUUAAAAAGAAAACUCUUUGCAGGGAGGAGCAGCUGUGAUUCUGAUUGUCUUCUAUACGUAUAGGAGUUAAUUUUCUCAGCCUGCAUCAGAUUGGAAGUAUCAUAUGGGAGGAAAGGGGAGCAGGAAGGAGACUGUACAAAAUUCUUAGUACAAGGCAUUGUCUUGUUUUGUCCUUUACUGUCACUUAGUGGUAGUGGUCAGAACUUACUUGCAGUGUGGCCAAAGAAAUACUCUUUAUCAGUCUCUAUCUGUUAAAAAAAAAAAAGUAAAACAAGAAUAGACAAGAUCUCAAAUUAUACUGUGAAUGACAGGAACAAUGGAAUAGCUACCCAGACAGCAAGGAUUCUUAAUAUGGGAAGUAAUAUAGUCACUUCAGAAAGAUAAUGACCUCCCGACAAAGCCAUUAGCAAGUUUGUGGAGGAACUGGCUUUGAACCCUUGUCUCCCAAUGUGGAACCAGCAUUCUUAUCUGCUGGAUUACCCUGUCUAUUUCAAAGUUGCUCCAUCUCCAAAUCUGGGUUGCUAGUGUCCCUCAGUUUCAUCCUUUCAUCUUUAUUCAUAACCACCUUCUUCUAGCUCCUAAAAGUUUUAACAUCCCUUCAUGCAUCUCUUCUUUUAGUCUGUCAAGAAGCAGCUACUUUGUGUGAACUUCUGAGUGCUAAACAGGAUUCGCCCCUGGACAUGGCACCUGAACUGGCACGUGCUGUUACUAAUGUGGUGUGCACCAUCUGCUUUAACUCAUCAUACCAGCGUGGAGACCCUGAGUUUGAGUCCAUGCUCCAAUAUAGCCAAGGCAUUGUGGAUACUGUAGCCAAGGAGAGCAUGUUGGAUAUCUUCCCUUGGCUUCAGGUGAGAGCUGGUGGGAAGGGCUAGCAACUAAAUAACACAUUUUCACCUGAUUUGCCAUUCUUCAUUAAGAGAGGUUGAGGAGAGAGGGUUAGGUACUCUUUUAGGAUAGAUAGAUAGAUAGAUAGAUAGAUAGAUAGAUAGAUAGAGUGAUAGAUAGAUAGAUAGAUAGAUAGAUAGAUAGAGUGAUAGAUAGAUAGAUACGAUAGAUGAUAGAUAGAUAGAUAGACACGAUAGAUAGAUAGAUAGAUAGAUAGAUAGAUAGAUAGAUAGAUAGAUAGAUGAUAGAUGAUACAUAGAUAGAUGAUAGAUACAGUUAUUCGAGUGGGCAAUAGCAUAUAGAUCAGCUAACCUAGAAUUCUAUGUGAGGGAGGGGAAAAAUCACUUUGUGUUCAUUGAACAGAAUGUGUUCUUUGACUGGGCAAAAUCCAUAGUUACUUGUUUCAAUAGGAUAUAUUUGAUGCAGAUAUUCUGUACUUCCAUGUGCAUGCACAUCAUGUCAAUCUUUGCAGCGUAUAGAAAGUCAGAAUAGAGACCCAUAAGGUUUUACUGGAAGAGAAAUCAUACUAAGUUAUACAGUGGUACCUCAGGUUAAGUACUUAGUUCGUUCUGGAGGUUUGUUCUUAACCUGAAACUGUUCUUAACCUGAAGCACCACUUCAGCUAAUGGGGCCUCCUGCUGUCGCUGCGCCGCCGCUGCACGAUUUCUGUUCUCAUCCUGAAGCAAAGUUCUUAACCCGAGGUAAUAUUUUUGGGUUAGCAGAGUCUGUAACCUGAAGCAUAUGUAACCCGAGGUACCACUGUACAGGGAUUUUGAGGCAUGUGCAGGAUGCCAGAAGCAUCUAGUCAGAUCACAGUCUACAUUACACGGAACAGAUCUGUCUGCUACAUAACCCUUAGUGGCAGGGAUUAACACAGGAGUUCUGGAGAGGGGAUUAUUUUCUGCAGACAGGAAAAGAAUUGUCAUUAUGGUUGUUUCUUUCUCCAGUUCUUUCCCAAUAAAGACCUGGUACUGCUGAGGAAGUGUGUGGAAGCAAGAGAUCAGCUCCUACAGCAGAAGUUUGCAAAACAUAAAGUAAGUAGAAUACACUUAAUAUUAUUGUUAUUAAUUACCUGUUCUUCACCCUAAGGUCCCAGGGUGGGUUACAACAAUUAAAACACAAUAUUAAAAACACUUAAAAAUAACUUACACACACAGAAGUAAGGUGGGUCCUAAAAAUAUGCACCUCAAGUCUCAAAAGCCAGGGUAAAGAGAUGCAUAGAGUAGCAAACCCAGCAAAAGAGAGAAAGCUGUUUCAUGGAGAUGAAAGGAUCUGUGGAUAAAAGCAAUGAGCAUCAUAGCAAAGAUGAAAAUGGUACUCCAAUAUGAAUCACAAUUAGAACACAAUUUUGGAUGAUGAGAGAAAAGGGAAGGAGAGAAAGAUGUGUGCAUAAAGAAGGAUCCUGCUUCAAGACUCUACGUCUUACCUUCUCCCACCUUUUUAACAAUAGGCACACAAGUGGGAAGAAGCCUCAGUUCUGGUGCCUCAGUUCUGGAGCUCUCAGUCACCAGGUGUCCUAAACCAGGAAGAUGGGGGGAUGUUGGCACAGUAAGAAAUGCUAAAUUGGACAGAGCACAUAGAACAGAAAGAUCCUACAUGCUUUGCUGUCAUGUCCUUUGAAGCCCAGUUAUUUAAGAAGAAAUGCAAUAUUUUAUAUAUCAUUUGUGAACCGCAGUCAUUCUCAGAAUGGUUCACAACAAUAACAAUCAGACUCAUGGGCAAACCAUAUUACCCUCACUAUAACAGAACUGGAAUAUCAGGUGCUGUUAGUGGUAUCAACAAUGGGAUUGUGUGGCAGGGCAUUACUGUGUUCUUCCUGUCAAGACAGUGGUUAUACUUUUGGGGUUAGCUGCGGGAAAGCCAGUUUCAAAUCCUUGCUCAGCUUUGAUUAAUGUUCAGUGUAGCCUUGGGCACUAAUCUACCUCACAAGUUUAUUCUUCUUGUGAAACUAAAAAAUGCUACUCUGAGCUUCUCACCUCCAUAAAAGCCAAAGUCACUUUUCACAGUGACUAAGAUUCAUUCAUUUAUUUAACGUAUGGGCAGAGAUCAGGGCUGGCCCAAGAGACACCCAAGUAUAGGGUGGUAUAUAAAUAAUAAGAAUAAGAAUAAUAAGAAUGAUCAGGCUGCAAUACCAGAGAGUAAGUGCUAUUGAGCUCAGUGGGACAUACUUCUCAAUAGACAGAGUCUUGCAGUGUAAGGCUCAAUUUACAAUAAACAAAUAAAACAUUCCUCAUGUUCCCUAAAAAAAUUGCUGGCUGCUGAACCAUUACAGUGUUAAUUACUUCCAAGCAAAUAGGCUUUGCAGGACAGGACUGCAGCCAUUAGAUAUAUAAAAAAAAACCUAAUCUAUACUGACUCGCCCAUUUCAUGAUACUUUUGCCCAUGUUCCAAAAUGUUAUAUUGAUCUCAACAGAAUUUAUUUCAAAUUAGUGGGCAUAUAGUCACAGCUUCAGAAUUUUAAAACAAGAUUUGUAUUUUAUAUUUUAUUUCCCUCUUACGUGUUUUGGGGGAGGUCUGACAGUGGCAGUGGCUGGCAGCUGGCAUUUUUAAAGACUUAUGACAGUAGUUGUUUGGGGGUUGGGGGUAGGUAGAUGAUGGCCUAGACCUUAAAUUGUCGCUCGAUCUUAACCCACAGUUGCUUUCAUCUUCUACCCAGGAAAUGUUCAGUGAUGACGAUUCUGCCAAUUGUUUAUUAAACGUACUACUGAGAGCCAAACUCAACAUGGAAAACAACAACAGUCAUCUGUUGCCUGGGCAGGAGCUGACGGACGACCACCUGCUCAUGACAGUGGCUGACAUCUUUGGAGCUGGUGUGGAGACGACCACAACUGUGUUGAAGUGGAUUGUGCUCUAUCUCCUGCACUACCCAGAGGUACAGCUCCUCUAGUCCUGCCCAAAUUCCUGGGGAUUCUUGACAGUGUGUUAUGUGAACAAGACAGAGAAGAGUAGCAUAAAAUGCAAUCCUAUGCAAGCCCCACGUCGAUUCCUGCAUUGCAGGGAGUUGGGCUAAAUGACCCUCUUGGUACCUUCCAACCCUACAAUUCUAUGAUUCUAUGAAACAGUUGAUAUCAACUAAUGCAAACAAGUCAGGAUGAAUGCUCAAUAAAUAGGUCAUCUGGAAAUAGGGAUGGGGGAGAAUUUUGAUGCCGUUCUCAUUUAAAGGUGAACUUAUCUAAUUCAUACUUUCGGAAACAGUAUGUGAACCAAAAGAAAGCUAUCCUUCAAAAUUAACACGUCGCUGAAUUAUGCAAUGCAGUUCUCCUACCAAGUAAUGGGUACCAAAAGUGCAUAUACUAGGGUAAAGUAUACAUAUAAAUGCAUGUAUUAGUUAAAAAAACACAGAAAAGUGCAUUAUAUUUGGGGGGAGGAACUGCUUUGCAAAAAAUGUAUAUUUGGGCAAAAUUGUAUACAAAAAUGUACACAUUGGGAGAAAUUUGUGCUAAAAUGCUGAUGAAUUUUCACGAGGACUUUAAAAAGAAAUCACAAAAGGAUGUGGAACUGAAUUUAAAAUGAGAAACUGAGAGAAAUUGAAACUGAAAGAUUUGCUCAUUCCUAUCUGGAAGUGACCUUUCUUCAUGGAACUGCACCAUUUUUAGAGGCAUGGAGAGGGGGAAUCACCCAAUCCACACACUGAUGACCGCAUACAGUAAUUAAAAAUGGCUCCCUUAUGUUCCAGCCCUCCCCAAACAAGCAAUACCAUAGCUUCCCGCACUCCUCUGUAAGCACAGGAGGUCUUGGUAAAUGGGAAGUGGAAAAGCUGUUAUCCACUAGCGGUGUAGUUUCUCACACCUACUGUGUGAGCAAAGGAAUUAAUACAUGAAGCCCUAUUUCAAAAGUACAUCAAGAGGCAGUAGCUUUCUUUCCACUGCUGAGUCUGAUUUGUCUAACUCUUCCACACUUCCCAGGUGCAGCAAAAGAUCCAAGAGGAACUGGAUCAGAAACUUGGCUUUAACAGAUUUCCUCAGCUUGAUGACCGGCAGCACUUGCCUUAUUUGGACGCUACCAUUAGUGAAACUCUGCGCAUCCGGCCUGUAGCUCCACUCCUUAUCCCACACGAGGCACUGGCAGAUACAAGGUAAAGUCCAUUUCCAAAAGUGAGAUCUGCUGCAAAGCUGAGGUGCGGAAGGAAACAUAAGAGGAAGCAGGUGAUGCUGUGGUCUAAACCACUGAGCCUAGGGCUUGCCGAUCGGAAGGUCGGAGGUUCAAAUCCCCGCGACGGGGUGAGCUCCCAUUGCUCAGUCCCCACUCCUGCCCACCUAGCAGUUCGAAAGCACGUCAAAGUGCAAGUAGAUAAAUAGGUACCGCUCCAGCGGGAAGGUAAAUGGUGUUUCUGUGCGCUGCUCUGGUUUCACCAGAAGCAGCUUAGUCAUGCUUGCCACAUGACCCGGAAAAACUGUCUGCGGACAAAUGUCGGCUCCCUCGGCCAGUAAUGCGAGAUGAGCGCCACAACUCCAGUCGUUCACGACUGGACUUAACUGUCAGGAGUCCUUUACCUUUACCUUUUUAAGAGGAAGCCACUGAUGGCCUUUGUCUUUCUGCAGCAUUGGGAAAUACGACAUUCCUAAGGGAGCUCACGUUGUGAUUAACCUGUGGUCCAUUCACCAUGAUGAGAAAGAGUGGGACAAGCCAGGGGAAUUUAAUCCAGGUGAGUCUGCCACAUUGCCUCCUGGCAUGUGUGUGUGUGUGUGUGUGUGUGUGUGCGUGCGCGCACGCGCUGCUUAAAUUCCCUUUUUGUCUGGGCAGGGUGGAUUUUCAACACACUUUUUCUAUUCCUUUUCCAGCCCAGUAACUGAAACUGACUUGGUCACAUCUCUGGCGGGCUAGGGACAAAGGUGAAAGCUGUUUCCUAGUUUUGCUGGAUCUCUCAGCAGCCUUUGAUACCAUCAACCAUGACAUCCUUCUGGAGCUGGGGGCACUGUCAUACAGUGGUUCUGCUCCUUCCUCCUGGGCUGUGCCCAGAAAGUGGUACAGUGGUGCCCCGCAAGACGAAUGCCUCGCAAGACGGAAAAACCGCUAGACGAAAGGGUUUUCCGUUUUGGAGUUGCUUCGCAGGACGAAUUCCCCUAUGGGCUUGCUUCGCAAGACGAAAAUGUCUUGCGAGUCUAGAGAUUUUUUUUCCGCUUCCCCCCCCCCUUUAUCUAAUCUGCUAAGCCUUUAAUAGCCUUUAAUAGCCUUUUAGCAGCUAAUCCCCUAAGCCUUUAAGCCUUUAAUAGCCGCUAAACCGCUAAUAGCGCUAAUAGCGCUAAUCCGUCAAUGGGCUUGCUUCGCAAGACGAAAAAACCGCUAGAUGAAGACUCUCGCGGAACGGAUUAAUUUCGUCUUGCGAGGCACCACUGUAUUGGGGGAUGAGUGUUCAAACCUCUGGGCUCUCACUUGUGGGGUACCUCAGGACUCUAUCCUCUCCCCCAAGCUUUUUAACAUCUAUAUGAAGCCGCUGGAGAGAUCAUCAGGGGGUUUGGACUGGGUGUUCAUCAGUAUGCAGAUGACACCCAGCUCUACCUCUCUUUUAAAUCAGAACCAGUGAUGGUGGUGAAUGUCCUGUGUGAGUGUCUGGAGGCAGUUGGAGGAUAGAUGGCAGCUAACAGAUUGAGGUUGAACCCUGACAAGACAGAAGUACUGUUUCAGGGGGGACAGGGGGCUGGUAGGUGUGGGGGACUCCCUGGUCCUGCGUUAUAGAAUUACUGUCCACAGGCACAUUUGGGAAGGGUCUGUAGCAGAUGUGAAGAGCCUUCGGCCCUCCAAAUAUUUGUUUAUUUCAACACUGUGUAUACUGCUUGAUCACAGCAAUACUGGAGGAGCAUUAUAAUAAGACUAAAAAUGAGUUAAAACAAUAAAAUCAGAAUUCAUUCAGAAAGCCUGCUGGAAUAAUUAAAAAAGUCUUCGGUAGGUGCCAAAAGUGCAACAGGAAGACAGGAGUGCCACAAAACUGGGCCCACAGUACUGAAUGUACGAGCCAUGCAUCUGAGCCAUGAGGAACCACUAAUAGUGACUCCCCCAAAAAGGCCCUAGUGCCUGAGCAGGGAUAUAAGGGAUCAGGUACGAGGUGUCCUGGACUCAACUUGUUAAGGGGCUCAUUAAAGAAUACAAGAACCAUGAACAUGAUCUGGUAGCAUAGGAACUACAACUCCCAUCAGCCUCACCAAGCAUGGCCAAGGACCAGGGAUGAUGGGAGUUGUAACUCAGCAACAUCUGGAGGGUCAAAGUUUCCCUUCAUCUGGUCUAUAGAGAUAUUCCAGCCAAGUUCUUGUAUGGUAUCAGUUUAUGUUUUAUUUAUGUUUCCUAGGGAUAUGUUUAUGUGUGUUCUUCCUCCCACACAGGACGUUUCCUGGAUAAGGAUGGGAAGAGAAUCGCCUCUCCCUCACCCAGUUAUCUUCCCUUUGGAGCUGGUAUCCGGGUUUGUUUGGGAGAAGUACUGGCCAAGAUGGAGCUGUUCCUCUUUAUAGCGUGGACCUUGCAGAGAUUCACACUCAGCGUCCCUCAAGGCCACACAUUGCCUGAACCAGAGGGGAAAUUUGGAGUUGUGCUUCAAGUACCAAAUUUCAAAGUGAAGGCCACACUGCGGGAAGCUUGGAAGGCCAAAGUAAGAGAGGAGUGACGUUAUUUGGCUCUCAGACAGCCUCCCUAAAUGGAAAGAGACCAAAAAUUACUUCAGCUGGUUCAGUAAAAGUUUUUCUGGAUAAGUGUGUCAAGAAGGGGAAGUAAACUGCUUGGUCAAGGACACGAGCCACUAUCUACAUAAUAGAAUAUAUUAGGCACAUUGGACAAAGGCAGAAAGGACACCACAGUUCAUAAGAAACUUUUUUGACAUCAAAAGUUGCAUCUUCUUCCAUCUCUCCCUCAGACUCCAAUGGAAUAACUGAGAAUGCAGUGUUUGCAUGGCAGAGCAGUGACAACUCUGAAGUGUCUCUAAACAAAGAGGUCACCCCAUUUGUCUCCCACUGCUGGACUCCUGUCAUUAACCUAUACUGUUAAUUUUAUUUCAGUGAUCUUAACCUGUGGAACACAGCUCACCCAUUUAGAUAUGAACUUUGUCCCUUCUGUGUCCUCCCAUUCUUAUUUUUUGGUGCCGCCAUUGACGUUAGCACAGGAUCCUCAAAUGCUUGUGCUGAAAGAUCUGGUCAUGAUUAGUUAGGAAAUCAACUGACACCAGCCAAAGCACUAGCACAACAAAUUAGGGAAAGCCCUGGUUUGAGAAGAGCAUGCAUAAAACAAGGACAGAGCGCUGCAAAACCAUUGUCAUGGGUCUUAUGUAACUUAACUAUGAGCACCAGAGGCAGAUGGGAAUACUGUGAUGUCUCUGUUGCUUGCCAGUACCUAUGGACAGCAGCAAAAAAUCCACAACCUUGAACGCAACCCAUUUUAUGUCCUAGUACUUUCUGUAGAGAGGGGAGAACAUUAGCUGUCCAAUGACGGGAUUAAAAUAGCUUUAGGAAGUGUGUCGGAAGAAUAGUGAAACUGGUUGGUUCUUAUCUAGGGGGAGCUCAGGCAGAAGCUGUGGAUAUAACAUCAAAUUAUAAGGGGGUUACUUCAAGGAAGAAACAUAGCUCUCAUUUAAAGCCAGGGUAUAGUUAGGGAGGUCUAAUCAGCUGGCUUUACAGUGGGUGAGAAGAGCAACGGCCUCAUACCUCAGCUGGAGUCUGUUCACACCAUGUAUUUGUUCAAAACUGAGGCCUAUGCAGUACAGGAGAGUUAACGAAACUGUGUCUUCUGGAUGUUGAUAGACUAUAAGCCCCAUCCCUAAUCAUUGGCCAUUCUGGGGGUGACUGAUGGGAGUUGAAGUCUAACAAUAUCUGGAAGGCCACAUGUUAUCCAUUCUUGCAGUAAAAGCCUUCUGCUACAAGGAUAGGGCUUCCUCAGAUUUAUAGGGCUAUUCACUUGUAUCACUACAGAGAAGAAGCCAGAAACUAAUUUCACCCACUUCCUAAUUUGGUACAGCUUACUUCUACCCCACUAUAUCCUCCCUCUAGAAAUACCAUUGAGUUUAGUUACCUACAUCCUAUUUCUCUCAUAUACAGCUUUUCUUCCACCCACAUAUUUUUGACUUUCCACCUGGUGUUAUGCUCAGUACAACUGCCAAAAGGGUUUUUUCUUUUUUCAAUUUGCUUUUCUGUUUUAUCAUAUCAUCAAUGCAUACUGUGUUACAGUCAGACACAGGACAAUUGGGGGAAAAACAAACAUAUAUAUACAACACAUAUAUAUGAAUAAUAAUGGUAACAUAGCUUAUUCCUUCAGUUUAUUUGACUCUUAUAAACCUUAGUUUUUACUCCCCUUCCACUCUUUCCAUGGUUUCCUAAGUGCUAUCUUAUCAACUGCGUUUUCUUACUCUACUAAGUUGUUUUCAGUACCUUAUAUUAUCCCAUGUUGUAACAUCUACUGCUGAGUGUUUUUUGUCAGCCUGUUACGAUUAUUUUCUUGUUAUAAUAUUUUUCCAUAUAAUCUAUAUAUAAUGUCCAGUCUUCUUUUAAAUUCUUAUACAGUGGUACCUCAGGUUACAUACGCUUCAGGUUACAGACUCCGCUAACCCAGAAAUAGUACCUCGGGUUAAGAACUUUGCUUCAGGAUGAGAACAGAAAUCGUGCAGCCGUGGCCGCAUGGCGGCAGCGGGAGGCCCCAUUAGCUAAAGUGGUGCUUCAGGUUAAGAACAGUUUCAGGUUAAGAACGGACCUCUGGAACGAAUUAAGUACGUAACCAGAGGUACCACUGUAGUUCUUUUUUAAUGCACAACUAGCAGUGAAUUUUAAGUUUGUUUUCCACAAUUGUUCCCACAGGUUCAAAUCACUAUUAUGACCCACAUCUUGUGCCCAUUUGAUCACAGAUGAUUUUACCAAUUCUUCUUUCGUUUCCCAAUCAAGUAAUAUCCUAUACAUUUUAGAUAAAUUUUUAACUCUAAAUUUUAAUAUUUCUUUUUCAAAUUUUGAUGGUUAUUCUGAGAAUCCCAAUUUCUUAUCUACCUUAGAUUUUGAAUUGAUUUGGUGAUAAUUUAGCCAGUCCAACACAUACCCUUUAAUCUCUUCAUUUUCCCCCUUAUUUUUGGUUCUCCUUCUGAGAUGUCUAGCAAUUCAUUAUUGGUACCCCAGCUGUCACUCAUAUUAAUUUCCCCCCCUUGUCUCAGCUUCUACUGGGAGUAAUCACUUUGGUGUUUCGUUUUCUAACAAUUUUUUGUAUUUUUGCCAUACUAAUUUUUUUCUAAUAACAUGAUUGGUGAAGCUUUUACAUAUUCCAGCUUUGCCGUACCAAAUGCCAGCCGUAUUUGACAUCAUGGCCCUCCAAGUUUAGCAACUAUGUAUUUUCUAGAGAUAAAGGUAAAGGAACCCCUGACCAUUAGGUCCAGUUGUGAACAACUCUGGGGUUGCGGCGCUCAUCUCGCUUUAUUGGCCGAGGGAGCCAGCGUACAGCUUCCGGGUCAUGUGGCCAGCAUGACUAAGCCGCUUCUGGAGAACCAGAGCAGCACACGGAAACACCGUUUACCUUCCCGCCGGAGCGGUACCUAUUUAUCUACUUGCACUUUGACAUGCUUUCGAACUGCUAGGUUGGCAGGAGCAGGGACCAAGCAACGGGAGCUCACCAAGUCGCGGGGAUUCAAACUGCCGACCUUCUGGUCGGCAAGUCCUAGGCUCUGUGGUUUAACCCACAGCGCCACCCGCGUCCCUAUUUUCUAGCAAUACCCAGUCUUUAAUUCAACACAGGUAGGGAGCUUCAAAAUUCAAUUCUAAGUCAGGGAGUGCAAAACCUCCUCUGUCUUCUAUGUUGAUAAGGACCGUAUGUUUUAUCCUAGGUUUCUUCCCCCUCCAGAUAAACUUAGACAGAUCUUUUCACCAAUUUUUCAGACAUCGUGUAUUGUUAAGUAUUGGGGUCAUUUGCAAUAAGAAUAGCAUUAGAAGAAAUUAGGGAAAAUUACCAGCUGAAAAAUAAGAGAAAAAAGCGAAGUACUUAGGAGUGUGGCUAUAGGUAAAUAAUCAUAACAUCUAUAUAGAUAAUUAUGUGAGGACUUGGAAAGAAAUUAAAAAAGACUUAGAUAGAUGAAGCAGAAUGCAAUUAUCAUUAAUGGGGAGAAUCUCGGCAAUAAAAAUGAAUAUUCUCCCCAAAAAUACUAAAAGGGUUUUAUUUUUAUUACUUAUUUUGGAAUAUAUAAAUCUGAUUUGGGGACUGCUUAUUCAGCCAAAGGUUGACAGGGUGUGAACCCCAUUAAGCUUCUGAUUAAACAUGGUUAGUUUGCAUACCAUUUGCAGCAGGGACUCUAAAUUGAGGGGGGGUGAUAAUUAUUCAAUAAAUAUGAUUCAAUAAAGUUGUCCUAGGUUUUAUUAACACAAACAAAUUUUGCUUUUUAAAAAUGCUAAGCUUUCUCGCUAAAAGCAACAAUCCUACACUAUUUACCUGGGAACAAACCACACUGGAAAGUUCUUCCAAUAGAAUGGCAGCAUAACUUAGCUAAAAAUGAUUAAAAUAUAACAACUAGUAAAUUAGGAAGCUUCGGCUAUUUCAGAAGGGAAUAUUUGCUAUACUCCUAUGCUCAGAUUGCUUCGAAGCAAAGAUCACCAUAUUCAACAUGACGUACUCCAUGUUGAUGUUGUCUAAUUUUACAAAGUUACUGAAAGGUUUAUAGAACUACAAUCACAAUUGCUUUCUUGGUUGGUUGAUUCCUCUAUUAGUAUAUUUGCCACUAGACCUAUAGACCCUGUUCUCCAUAUUCCUUGUAUGCAUGGAUGAACUUGUGUGCAUAUUUUACCAUCUUUGCUUCACAUUUACCAUGUAUUAUGGAUUCUGGCUGAAUUAAAACAUAUCCCUCAGCAAUUGAUGUCACAUUUCACUGAAGUAGAGAGCAUGUACAUUUGUCCUGGUCAUAAAAGCAAAAGGUAAAAGGUGCAAGUGUGCAGAGAAGCUAGAGAUUGUUUUAUAUUAUUUGAACUCACAGUAUACAAAAUAGCACCAAUAACAGAAGUCACACCGAAUAGGAACCAUCCUACCAUCUCGUCAGUCCCCAAAGGCCAGAUGAAGGCUUUAACUGAUGUGGAAAAGACGUCAUCCAGGACAACAAAUGUCUCUCUGAUGGGCGGGAGUUCCAAAACUGAUCAAAUUUGGCUACACAGUGACAUUACUGGAGGCAGACAAAACCGUCACACUGCCUUCAAUGUGAAGAGGCAGGAGAGAAAGGACCACCACCCUUACCCAGUCAACUUCCUAUUUUGCCAUCCUGGUUUAGUUGCCUAUUAGCAUUCCCCUCUCCCAGGCCAGCUAUACAUGUAUGCAGUUGCAGGACUGGUUGAAGCAGAAUGUGGAUGAAGACCCACAACUGUAUGCACAUCCCACUGAAAGCAGUACAGGGGAGGUGGACAAUACCCACAUUCAGAUGAGCAUCCGAACAAAGGUGUUGUUCAUCUUUCAACAGGAAGCACAUUUCAACAGAAUGAGCAUCCAUAGUCUACCGCAAUUAGUCAACAUGGCCAGGAUGAAUGAGCAUCAGUCUGGCUGUUUCAGCAACUCUUCUGCACGUUACCUGCCUUGAUAACAGUUUGCAUAUACUGGGGAGCUCGCUAGAUGGCACCAGCUCACACAUAUUUACAACAGUUCCUCAAGAUUAUGAUACAAGUCACUCAGCUGCAGUUGCAGUAUUAAAAGAUUCCAAAAAUGAGAAAUUCCAAAAUACCAAAGUAUCACAAAAUAAUGUGCAAGCUUUUGAGUUCCUAAGAACUCUAAAUCAGGCUAGAUGGUAAACAGCAGUGAGGAGAGGAAAAAGUAGCUUAUGGGUGAUGCUGAAGACAUGUUUUCUCUAUCUGGUCCAAGUCUUAAAAUAGAAAGGGGAGAGGAGGUAGCAGACAUUCAAAUGGGGUUUUUUUGGCCUGUUGUGCAGGUGUCAGUUUGCACCAAAGCCUGCUGGGAAACAGAAGGAUAAUGAUGGCAGAACCCUCAUCUCUGAAAACACAGUAGACAGUGACUGGCCCAAGGUCACCUCAUGAGCUUCAUGGUCGAAUGGGGGGUAUGAACCCUGGUCUCCAACACUAACCACUACAUCACACUGCCUCCUUAUUUGGUGUAAAAGAGAAAUAAGAGAAACUAGUCCUUACGUUAGAAAAGCUGGAAAUUACUUGUGCAAGGCAGUAAGUCAAUAGAAUAUAAUUGUAGAAUUGGAAGGGACCACGAGGACCAUCUAGUCCAACCCCCUGCAAUGCAGGAACCUUUCACCCAGUGUGGGGCUCAAACCUAUGACCCUGAGAUUAAGCGUCUCAUGUUUCACUGACUGAGCUAUCCAGUCAAUUUGUGUAGCUUUACCUUGCAGCUUUACCUUGUUCCUUCAGAGAAUCUCCUUCAGAGAAAGAUGAAAAUUUGUACCAUGCAGCAGGUUCUCAGAAACUGGUACAAUAUUUUUUUGUUAGGCAUUUGACAGAAAAUAAACACAGAGCCUUGCCAAAGCAACAUACAGACUAUCUGCACCUGCCAGAAUCACUGUCAAGAAUUCUAGGAACAUCAAAAGCUCCAAUCCUAACUCUGUUUACCAGAAGGAAGUUCCAUUAUAGGAUUAGGGAUGUGCUAUAAUUCAGUAGGAUCUUUAUUAUCCUUUAUCCUGAACCAGAACAGAUCAGGGCUGCUUGGGAAACAAGGCUUGCCUGAGGAGAUCAAGGCUACAAUGUGUUGAGGACAAAAAAAAAGUUGUUCUGGGCUUAUUUCAGUACCUUCAGCCAGUUAAGAUGAUCUGCUACACAGCAUCGGGAGGCUGACCUCACACCCAUUUUUAUAUCCCCCUUUUUGCUGCUUAAGAUCAAUAGCCAUUCAAAACAUUCAUUUGUAAGAAUGCUGGCAUUGUGUUACUUUUUAAAGUGAGCACUCCUAUAAUUAUGAGAUGGAAGCCAUUAUAGCUAUCUAAGGCAGGAUGAGAAACCUGUGAACCUCCAGGUGUCAAACCCAACCAGCUUGGCCAAUGGUUAUGGAUGGUGGGAUCUGCAAUCAAACAACAUUUGGAGGGCCACAUGUUUCCUAUUUCAGGUCUAACAUACUUAUUUUAGAAGAUCAUCCCAGACUUGAUGUGAAGGAUAACUGAGCAUAUUCAUUGUGUUCCGAUAGCUUGGGCCAUUAGUAAAAAAAAACUUUCUGGUUUCUAGUGUGAAUUUAUUUUUCCAACAACUAGUGUGUUCUUCUUGACUAAAGAUGCAUUUUAAUAAUAAACUGCCCUCUUCUUGGAAAGUAUCUUCAAUAUAGAAAAUCACAAUUUCCCUUGAAAUGCCUAAGCCAGGAUGGUAAGCUUCUUGCAUUUUAACACAUUUUCUACUUCAACAUUGUGCAUUAUUGGCUUGCUAGGUUCCUCCCGCUAAUAAAGUUCUUAAAUUUCCAAAUAGUAUUUGCAGAUACCUGGGGUUAAAAAAAAACUCUUACGAAGCAAAGACUUUAAAUGUGUGAUGUGGAUGCAGCCUUGUAGUGCUAUAUAGAAGGAGUCCACCAGACUGAGGACCUGUUAAUGCGAUGGCUAACUUCUCUGGUUCAAAUUGCUAGUCUAUCAAGGUGCACCAUGCAUGGUAUAUAAAUGAGCACCAUGCUCAUGGUGGAUUGACUUAAAAACAACAACCCCAAGCUCUAAAUUUUCUUUUAUUUUUCAAGUGCACAUAGUAAGGAAAAUAGUUAAGCAAGAGAGAGUGCUUAAGAAAAGCUCAACACAGUGAAAUAAGGAGUAGAAAGAGAAUAAAUUCUCUACAAUUGCCACAAGAUGGAGAUCGCUCUAAGCACUGGCUGUUGCAAAAUAAAAAUCAAUCUCAAACCAUGCAAUCUUUGUGAGGGAAGUUCCUGGUUCAGGUCUCUCUCUCUCUCUCUCUCUCUCUCUCUGUGUGUGUGUGUGUGUGUGUGUGUGUGUGUGUGUGUGUCUUGGAAGGACUGCAAGGAAGAGCUCAGAGCGUACCACAGUUAAUAGCUAUUUGCCUUGGUAAGGUGUGAGAUCUAUUGAUCGAGGACUCCUAACAGCACAGUCUAGUGUACGAGGUUUUUGGGCCUACAAAGUUAAGAAAAGAAACCCACCAUUCUGAAAAGGUGUCCUUGUUAGUCCUUAUGCUUCCUUUCAGUGAGCAAGUUUUUAGUGAGCACCAGUCAUGAGUUUCAUAACCGGGAUCAUGUCUAAUAACACUGGAAGUGGAUGAGUGGGUGUCUUUUAUGUAAGGAACAAAACUGCCAUCGAGUUUUCCCAAACAGAUUCAUGCCACUCUCGCCAUUCUAUAAAAUCACCAAGGCACUCACACAUACUCCCACAGGGGCCUUCUUUCCUCCCCUUCUCCCACUGAAAUUAGACUGGAAAGAAACAUGCUGUUGUAGCAAAAAUAAGGUUACACUUAGACACACAGAGAGAGAGAGAGGGAGGGAGGGAGAAUGUGUGUGUGUGUGACAUAGACAGACAGAGAGACAGACAGAGAGAUAUGCACAUGUUAAUUAUGCCAGUUUGCAAAUGCCCUUACAGGCUCAAACAAACCAGAUUUUGGCAAAUUCUUUCACUCUUUCCCAGUCUGCUCUUCUCUUGAUAUAGUCACCAGUUUCUGACAGAAUAUUUUUGACAUAAAGCAACAUGGUCAGCGGCUCUUGCUGAUUAAGCUAAGAGGAAAAUGCUCAGUACCCCCAAUAUGAUCUUCCAGGUGGCCAAACUCAGUUUGCUUUUAAGCUUUUGUUUGUGUUAACAAAAUGUCACUCACUGACGCCUGCAUGCUUUUGCUCGACCUAAAUUCUGCCUUCUUCCUUCGCUAUCCAAAUAGACAUGAAAUAAAGUAUCCUUCCAGAUUUAAUAUCAAGACCUGGGAUGCCACUUUGGCCUAUGAUUUAAUGACCUUGGAUUUCCCAUUCGCUGGUAAACACUCCCUCUGAAAUCACUUCUAUCAGUAUUUAUAUCUCCACCAGCUGCCUCACAGCUUAAAUUCCCAUAUUUUAGCUUGAGGGCUCUGUCCCAUAGCCCCAGCUUGCUGAAGCGCAUACUUAGCAGCCUGCAAUAGGUGCAGGCACAUAUAUAUAGAUUAAAACUUCACCAGGGCACAAUAGGAGAAAUAAAACCAGAUGACAGUAUCAAGUCUCUCCACUUUCCAUACUAGGUUACAGAAGAUUUAUUUUUUUUAAUUACUUGGCUGGGUGGAAAAAGUAGAAUGCAUUGCUUCAAAAAUAAUUAUAACAUGUAGAGACUGGAUAUAAUAAAAUAAGAGAUUUAUCAUGAUUAGACAGCCCUGCAGUAUCCUGGAACCACUUGGGGAAACCAGUAGUAGUAAGCUAUUUGUUUGCAGGUCCAUAGGUGCUAAAGUAUUCUUAUCCCUUAGAGAAAACGUAUCCUUACACUUUCCUUUGUCAAUAAUAAUACAUAGGAUGGAGUGAAAGGAGAUAUGCCCUGCCUUUCUGCCACUGGUUGUACUGCCACUUUGUAUAUUCCUGUUGCCAUUGUCCAGGCUUCACUCUAAACAGAUUAUUAUUAUUUUUUAAAUUUGUAUACUGCCCUUCAUCUGAAGAUCACAGGGCAUUUUGCAACAUAAAAACACAAAAUGAGAACAUAAAAUACAAGAACAAAAAUGAACCAAUAGUUUCCCUCCCACAAACUUAUUUAAAAGGCAGUAGAAUGUUCAAUCAGCCAAAUGCCCAGUUAUAGAGAAACAUGUUCACCUU